CAAUUACAAAAUAAUAAAUGUACUCUUGCGAGCUCGGCUGUCGCUCGGGUUUUUCCGGUCCGAGUCCCUGAGUGUUUACGCUGCAGACGCGUCAGUCGGGUGCUUUCAGCUCGCGCGCUGAGGUUUUUGUUCGCUUGUGUUGGAACAAUUCAAAUAAGAAGAGUGUCCCGCUGUCGACAUGGACACCGCUAACCAGCUUGCAGCUGUGGGGACGUUUCAGGUGCUCAAAUUACCUCUGGGAUUUAUCCGUGUUUUGGAAUGGCUCUUUGCCAUCUUUGCCUUUGCGACAUGUGGAGGCUACACGGGGCAGCUGAGGGUUAGUGUGGACUGCAUGGAGAAGGCCAGCAGCAACCUGAGCAUCCCAAUCGACUUUUCCUACCCUUUCAGGUUGUACCAGGUUUCGUUUGAAGCACCAGCAUGUGAAGCCCUGAGGAGGGAGCGGGUUUUCCUCACUGGAGAUUUUUCUUCAUCGGCUGAGUUCUUUGUCACCAUUGCGGUUUUCUCCUUCCUGUAUUCCCUCGCUGCCACUGCUGUCUAUGUUUUUUUUUUAAAUAAGUACCGUGAACACAGCCAGAGGCCACUCAUUGAUUUUGUGGUGACAGUAGUGUUUUCCUUCAUGUGGCUGGUCAGCUCCUCUGCUUGGGCCAAAGCUCUGUCUGAUGUGAAGGUGGCCACUGAUCCAGAUGAGGUGCAGCUUCUCAUCCCUGCCUGCAAAAUCCAGAGUAAUAAGUGUGAUUCUUUGCACGGACCUCGCUGGUCUGGCCUCAACACCUCAGUGGUCUUUGGGUAUCUGAACUUCGUCCUUUGGGCUGGGAACAUCUGGUUUGUGUUUAAGGAGACCGGUUGGCACAAAGGCACAUCUAGACUCUCAGGAGGUGCAUCUGAGAAACAGGGUGGCACUUUCACCCAGCAGCCUUACAACCAGGGAAGCUUCGACCAGUCGGGGGGUUACAACACCCAGGGAAGCUUUGACCAGCCGUCUGAAUACAGCCAGGUGGGAGGGCCCACCUCCUACUCUAAUCAGAUUUGCAGCACCAAUGGCGGUGGGGUGCCGAGAGAGAGCGGGGCAGAGAGUCUGCAUCAACGGGAUGCCACCUGGGAAAACACCAGCAGGGUUGAUCAACGGUUGAGGGACAUGGAGCUGUGGAACAAUGCGUGGUUCGUCAGAGGAGACCCUCCGCUUGGUUCAAGGAUUAUCACAUGGAUGUUUAGGACUCGGGGGCGAGUCCUUCAGGUCAAGAAGGGGGAGAGUGUGGAAGACAGAAGACGGGAGUUGACAGAUUCUGGGGGCGUGGCGACUGGACGCCGGCUGGUGCUUGAAGUGAGAGCUGGGAGUAGUUGGGUGCCGAGUCCACGCCGACAUCUGCCGCCGCAAACUCUGGCAGCCGAACCUGAGCCGUGGACUUACCCACCGUCCUCGCAAGCUGAACCCCGGAGCGUGCUUUCUGAGCUGAAGAGCUGCCCACUAGGGGGCCCAUCAUCUCCUCAAGUAUGGGGUGCGAUGAUUAUUCAUGUGCUCCAGAUGCUUCUUGCUGACCCACGAACAGCCACAGUAACAUUCUCAAAGUGGCGCCAGCAAAAGCAAAUAACUAACAACAUGCAAUUCCUCAGCAGAGCUCGUAACCUACACUCCAGUGAUUUCACCUCUCUGUUGUGGCUGCGACACUUUGCUAUUUAUUUUUUGCCGUCGGUGGAUCGCGUUGAGCUGCUCAGUUCAAAAGCAGCUCAUGAGAUGAAAAAGUCGCAAAGCCUACACUUUGUGCCCAGGGGACUUUACCAUCAUAAUGUCACAACUUUAUUUUCAUUCGACAUUCUGACAGGAAGACAGAUGCUCAUCCAGAAGUUCAUCACCAAACAAGAAACCGUCAGCUUGGUGGUGGUUCCCAGCAACGUGGACAUAGCCACCACAGAGGCACUGAAGAUAGCUCAACAGGUGGAUCCUGAUGGAGAGAGGACUCUGGGGAUCCUGACCAAACCUGACCUGGUGGACAAAGGCACAGAGGAGACGGUGGUGGAAAUAGUCCACAACGAAAUCAUCCAGCUGACGAAAGGCUACAUGAAAUGCAGGGGUCAUGCUACUGUUCCUAAACUAGCUGAGAAACUGGCCCUUGAGCUGGUGCAUCACAUUGAGGUGGAGAGGUCUCUGCCAAGACUGGAAGAGCAGAUAGAGGAAAAAGUCAAACAGACUCAGGCGGAGCUGGACCGAUAUGGAAAUGGACCGCCAACUGAUGCAGCAGAGAGACUCCUCUUCCUGAUCGAUAAAGUGACCACGUUCACUCAGGGUGCCAUCAGCUUGACCACAGAGGAGGAACUGAAAUGUGGAAAGAGACUCAACAUUUUUGCCGUGCUUAGACGAGAGUUUGGGAAAUGGAAGGCUCACGUGGAUUGCUCAGGAGAUAACCUUAAAAAGAAAAUCGAAAAAGAGGUGGAAGAAUAUGAGGAAAUGUACCGUGGGAGAGAGCUACCGGGCUUCAUCAACUACAAAACCUUUGAGGUGAUGGUCAAGGAGCAGAUCAAACAGCUGGAGGAGCCGGCCAUCAGGAAACUUAAAGAAAUUGGAGAUGCUGUCAAGAGGAUGUUCAUACAGCUAGCCCAGAUUAGCUUCACAGGAUUUCCUAACCUUUUGAAAGCAACCAAGGCAAAGAUCGAAGCCAUCAAGCACAAGUCUUUUGCUGAGACUACGCCGAGGACUCAGUUCAAAAUGGAGCUGCUGGUUUACUCCCAGGACAAGACCUACAGUAACAGCAACGCUGAGAGCAAACAGGAUGGAGAGAAGGGUGAAAAUGAAUCCUUCAGAAGAUGAAACCUUAUGUACUGCAAUGACAAGAUGCAUCUUAAAUCAUAUUACAGAAUUGCUAGCAUGCGCCUGGCAGACCAGAUCCCGCUGGUGAUCCGCUACCAGAUGCUGCAGGAGUCUGCCACUGAGCUGCAGAGAGAGAUGCUCCAGGAUAAGGAGAACAUGGAGCUCUUGCUGAAGGAGGACUUUGACAUUGGCAGUAAACGAGCAGCUUUGCAGAGUUGACUAAAGCACAUCCUGCAGGCCCAAGCGUACCUGGUAGAGUUCUAGACCUUAAAUCCCUUUUCUGUUGUAGCAUGCAUGAUGUUGUUCUAGACUUUAUGGUUCGGUUAAAACAAUUUACAGGGGUUUGCAACAAAGUACAUAGUGAUCAUUCACAUAGGAAGUCAGAGGCUUUCUUUCAUUGUGGUUUAUUUACUACAUCAGUAAAUUUUGGCAUUCAUUUUUAAAUAAAUGAGCAAAACCAUAAUUCUUGUUACAGACGUCUUAUUCUCAGAAGAAUGUAAUUUUGUGAACUUUAAAUCAGAAACUAAUUGAUAGUUUGAUAUGAAAAAAUGAUAAUUUAGUAUGAAAAAAAUGAUAAUUGGGUUUAAUGACACUUAGAUUUUACAAGUAUUCAAACUCUCACUUAUAGUGCAGAAACUUCCAGAGAAAAUACAGCACAUAUGAAUGUUCAACAACUGUUCUGUCCUUGACUGACGCGUAUUAAAUUUCUUUUCUGAUCAGAGUUUCAGUUGAUUUUCUUAAAAGCCUGGAAGCUUUGGUUACAUUUUUACUGAGAUUAUUGUAAUGAAAAGAGAAUAUAAGAAUUAAAGAUAUACUCCAAGAUGACAGCUUUAUUCAAAAAUACAUACAAAAAAGGAUUCUUAGACAAACUAAAUUUCAAUUAAAAGCUGUGACUCCUUCAGUUGGGCUCUUUAUGUGUUCAAUCCCCAUUCUCCAUGGGACUCUCCUGACUGUGGUCGUCACUAUCUGACUUUUCAUCAUCUAGGAAAGACAGGAUAGACGAUGAGGGCAGCUCUGACAACAGUUUGUCUGUAUAACCAAGUGGCUACUUACUUUCUAGUGUCUGCUGCAGCUCCUGAAUGGUAGUAAGAAGAACAUGAAACUGCUUCUUCCUCAACUCCAACUAAAGAGAAUGCAAACAUGGCAUAAAAAGUCAGUAAAAAUACAACUAAAUCUGAUACUUUAACAACAUUAGGCCGCUGUGUUUGAGUUUACCUUUGCAUCUACGUUCUCUUUGAUGUGAGACAGUUGCUGGAGUUCUUUAUCGAGUGCCUCCAACUGCCUGGAAGGUAAAACAAAAAUGAGCACUUUAUUGAACAUGAAGGGGAGCUUGACAUGUUUUAUCGAUAGGCUGACUUACUGGAGUGUUUCAUGUCUGUCUGGGUGUUGCUGGAUUACCUUUGCUAAAGCAUCAUAUUCUUUGGAGAGACAGAGAACAGAUACUUAAAAAAAAGUUUACAUCCUUUUGACAACGCACAUUUGAUACCACAUCUGGUAAUUUUUCUGUAAAUACAACAGAUGUUAAAAUGUCCUUACCCUGGCGAUUUUUUCGUAUUCUCUUGGCCCGCAGAAUUUCUUUUUUGCAUUCUGUGAUCUUCUCAUGUGCAGAUGUGAUGUUUUGUUCUGCGAGGUGCGAAAGAAAAAAGUUUGAUUAGUGUUAAUUGGGCGAUGGUGGCACAGGAGUUAAGUGCUCGCCCCAUAAUCAGAAGGGUGCAGGUUCGAGCCCCGCUCAGUUGUAGCUACGAUGUAGCUCAUCACCACCAGUGUGUGAAUGUGUGUGUAAAUGUCUGAUUGUGUUGUGUUGUAAAACGCCAUGGGGGGUUCCAGGACUAGAAAGCUCUAUAAAAUACAGGCCAUUUGCCAUGUAUGACUAAAAGAAUUAACAAAAAAUUCUGUGACAUUGAAAACAAAGCCGAUCUUACCUAUGUUUGCGUAGAUCUUCUCAUAAUUCUCCAUUUCACGAAGAUUCAUGUCAUAAACCAUCAACGUCUUUCCCAUAGAAAACUCACACUGA